CCUCCACACCUUCAACACAGAUUCCGGAACACAUAUUCCAGAGGAGCAAGGCAGUAUGCCCCAAUCAUCGAAGCCUGACGCCAAGAGGAGGCAUGUAACUACGGCGUGCAUUUCCUGUCGGGAAAGCAAGAUCAAGUGUGACGGCGCAACUCCUUCAUGCUCCAACUGCAAAACUAAGCACCGAGAAUGCCGUUACCAAGCUGGAGAGGACAAGCGCAAACUGUCACUGCGCGUCGCAGUCGAAUUGCUAUCCAGCAGAGUCGACCAGCUUUGCCAUUUUAUCAAUCAGAAUGGCCUCCAACUCCCGCCUAUGCCUUUGGAAGAGGCCAAAAGUCUGACACGGAUACUAAACACUCUAGGCCUUUGGACGACCCAACCGGCUCUAGAACGAGAUAAAACACCACCGAUUGACCCAACCUUAUCCCUAGAGCCGCAAACAUUAGCAUCUUGCGUUCCAUCUAACGAUACCCUACUACCUCCAGAUCAACUUCCUCUGGACUUUUCACUACCUUUCGACCCGUCUUCCUUUAAUUUAGGCAAUGAUGCAACCGCCGGACUUGCACCGCCGGUCCAAGACGGGUUGUUAAAUUUGACAACGAGAGCGAUUGCUGAUUGGGAAUGGAGUCCUUCUGAGAAUGCGGAUAACAGCAUAACAACUGGUGUUGGCAUCGCCAGCGUUCGGACCCCGAGCCAUCCUCUCUUGAGCACGUACUCCGGAGAGGCUGCUUUGAGCGACAACGAAGAUGACGAUGCCGGUUCGGGCACAACGGAAGAGGACCUCGUCAACCAAUUAUCUGAUAGACUGGGGUCUCUCCAAAUUGGUCCCAAUGGUCGUAUCUCGUAUUUCGGACCAACAUCUAACUUCAGCUUGAUGGAACUACCUGUGGGAGCCGAUACUUUGGCUGUGGAUCGAACCGUGCGCAACGAUGGCCAGGAACACCUCGACAACAUGGGCUACGGCAAGCAGGUACCGCAAGAUCUCGAAGACCAUCUAAUCAAUCUUUACUUCACAUGGCAAGACCCCUUUCAGCAUGUGGUCGAUAGGGAUCUCUACGAAGAAGCGAAGCAUAGUUGGCAUGAGCGAGAGGAAGACACGCCAUAUUACUCCGAGGCACUCAGGAAUGCGAUGUGUUCGUUAGGCGCAACCUUCGAAACACGAUAUCACCCGAGCUUCAUAACCUUCCCAAAGUCUCUUCCGGAUUUCUUCGCCGCACGAGCCAAGACUCUUCUAGAAAUCGAACUAGACUCGCCUUCAGUCUCUACGGUACAAGCAAUGAUCGUUCUUAGUAGUCAUGAAAUAGGGGCGAAUAGGGAUUCUCGCGGUUGGUUGUAUAGUGCGAUGGCGAUUCGGCUCGCGUUUGAUUUGGCAUUACACAAGGAUAUGACACCGUACGUAAACAAGGGUGUUCUUAAACCUGCCGAAGCCGAGCUUCGUCGAGCUGUGUUCUGGGGCGCAUACACAAUGGAUCAGACGCUUGGGUUUUACAGAGGUCGACCUUUUCGUAUCAGCAUGGACGAUAUCACAGUUCAGAAACCGACAGCAGACUCGUCAGACGGACGGGUCGAGCAAUGGCUUCCUUAUGUUUCAAGCCUUAGCAACGGCAACUCUUCAGUGCCCCUGCAGGACCACGCCGAGGCUGUCAGUCUCCACAGGAUCGAGUUAUGCGAAAUCAUGGCACCACUUGGUCAUACACUAUAUGGCAACUCUCGGAUUCCGCGGGACAUAUUGCAGGCCAGCAACGAGAAGAUCGUUUCUAUAUUAUUCGCUUGGAAAGAGAACUUGCCAGGCAAUCUCCAAGUCGAUCUAGAAGACUCUGAGGGAACGUUCCUUCCUCAUGUUAUUCUGUUACAUAUGCAAUACUAUCAAAAUGUAAUACAUGCCCAUCGGCCGUGGAUGUCGUCAAGCUACAUCCAACCACAACCGCCUCAAGGUCCCGGCUACAUGCACGCGCAACAAAUGUGCAUCGAGUCAGCAGCCGCAGUGGCAAAGCUGAUCCUGAUUUACGAACGCCAAUACUCCCUCAAGCGAGUUCAUAUCCAAGGCGUAGCCAUUAUCUUCUCUGCAGCCAUCAUACUCAUUUUCGCAUCUAUAUCUCGCCGCAGACGGAAGAGGACCACAGAGACGGCGACACACUUGAGUGUAUGCUUCCGGGCUCUGGAGGAGCUUUCAGGCACUUGGGAGUGCGCCAAGCGGUCUCGGGACUUUCUUCUUAUGCUGCAACGGAAGUGGGAGUUGCGCUCUCGUCGGUUGAGUCAAUGUCCUUCACGUAACGCCAUGCUACCCCCCAGUCUCGGCGCCCUACGGCAGAGCGAGCAGGCGUCUCGGAAACGAGCGCGUACCGACAGUCCGGCCGGGUCAAGGAGCAUAGGUAGUUUCCAGAGCAUAUCUCCCAUUCAGCAAGGGGAGCAGCGUGAAGAGCAUGAGGGCAUUGACAUGGACAUGAGGUUGGAUCUCGACUGGGUGUUUGCCGCGGGAACACAGCCCAUGCCAGGCAAUUGGGACCAAUUCUUGAAUACGGAUACGCUCUAUUCCAAUCCAAACAGGACAGGGUAGCAUGCGACUUGUCCCAUAAGGUAGUUGAGGAUCACAUCAAGAGUCUGGGUUGUUGUCCUGGCGUGAGCUCAGUUGGGUCUUUGCGUGAUCCACGGGUGCUGAAUUCGAUGUCUCACGCGAUGUUGCUGGCCAAGCCGCUGCUGCAUGAAGUGGAUGUAAUUGGACGAAAAGUCGUGACAGGGGCGCUUACGCCCAAUAAUACCCAGCUGGGCAGGCAGAAUUCCAGAGCCUCGCCAACCUCACUUCUACAACUCAACACCACUAACAGACACUCAUGCAAGAUCACAAUGUCAUUUUCAGAUGAUCGGCUCUGUCGCAACUGCACCAAGCUAAACCUGCAAGCAGUCUUCGACCCGGUCCGAUUUGACGGUCUUCCAGCCGUUGGCUCGGCUCAGAGUUACAAGACUAGCUGGACCAAAUACAUCCAACAU